CAUCGGUGGUUGACGUCACCAGAAGGAGUCGAGCAUGGUUACCGCCGGUGUGUGAGGACUCCCUGACAAGGAGCCAGACAGCGGAUAUAUAAAGCCAGCGGCUGUCCAAUUUCAACCCUCCAAGGACAAAGCUUAGAUGAACGAAGGAAUGGCGGCUUCAUCAGAUAGGAUAAUGCUUGGUCCUCUUGUUGCUGCCAUAGAUCAAGGCACAAGCUCUACGAGAUUCUUGGUUUUUAAUGCAAAAACCGCAGAGCUCCUGAGUCAUCACCAGGUGGAAAUUCAACAAAGCUUCCCUAAAGAAGGCUGGGUGGAGGAGGAUCCCAAGGAGAUCCUGCAGUCUGUUUACGAGUGCAUGGAGAGAACAUGCGAGAAACUGACCCAGCUCAACAUCGACAUCUCCAACAUCAAAGCCAUUGGAGUGACCAAUCAGAGAGAGACCACGCUGAUCUGGGACAAAGAGACUGGAGAGCCUCUUUACAAUGCCAUUGUUUGGCUGGACCUGCGAACUCAGUCCACUGUGGAGCGGCUGAUCAACAAGACCCCCGGCAGAAACAAGAACCACCUGAAACACAAGACGGGCCUUCCCAUCAGCACCUACUUCAGUGCGGUGAAGCUGCGCUGGCUAAUGGACAACGUAGUGGAGGUCCAUGAGGCGAUUCUGUCCCACCGGGCCAUGUUUGGCACCGUGGACUCCUGGCUCAUAUGGUGUCUGACGGGGGGAAAGAGCGGGGGCGUCCACUGCACAGACGUGACCAACGCCAGCCGCACCAUGCUCUUCAACAUCCACACCAUGGACUGGGACCCAGAGCUCUGCAAGUAUUUUGAUAUUCCAAUGGAGAUCCUGCCAAAAGUGAGAAGCUCUUCAGAAAUAUAUGGUCUAAUGAAAAUAUGUUCUAGUCUGAAAUCUGGUGCGCUUACUGGGAUUCCCAUAUCUGGGUGUUUGGGAGACCAGUCUGCAGCUCUUGUCGGGCAGAUGUGCUUCCAGGAUGGGCAAGCGAAAAACACAUAUGGAACAGGUUGCUUCCUGCUCAGAAACACGGGUUUGAAGCCAGUGAUGUCAGACCAUGGCCUUCUGACCACAGUGGCCUACAAACUGGGCCGGGACCAGCCUGCCUGCUACGCUUUGGAGGGCUCUGUGGCUAUAGCUGGUGCAGUCGUCAGGUGGUUGAAGGAUAAUCUUGGAAUUGUCCAAUGCGCCACUGAGAUUGAGAAACUGGCCGCCACGGUGGGCACGUCAUACGGGUGCUAUUUCGUUCCGGCCUUUUCUGGCUUGUACGCCCCCUACUGGGAGCCGAGUGCUAGAGGGAUCAUAUGUGGUCUGACUCAGUUCACCAACAGGAGUCACCUGUCCUUCGCCGCGCUGGAAGCAGUGUGCUUUCAAACCCGAGAGAUCCUGGAUGCGAUGAACCAGGACAGUGGGAUCCCUCUGACGCAGCUGCAGGUGGACGGGGGCAUGACCUCAAAUAGACUGCUGAUGCAGCUGCAGGCUGACAUCCUCUGCAUCCCUGUGGUGAAGCCCUCCAUGCCCGAGACCACGGCCCUCGGAGCAGCCAUGGCGGCCGGGUCUGCGGAGGGGGUCAGCGUCUGGAGUCUGAAGCCAGAGGACCUGAGUGCCGUCACCUCCGAGAAAUUCGAACCCCAGAUCAACCCUGAAGAGAGUGAAUUCCGCUACGCACGCUGGAAGAAGGCCGUGCAGAAGGCCAUGAACUGGGAGACCACCGAACCCAUCUCCAACGGCAACGGUGAAACGAGCAUCUUCAGUAGUGCUCCUUUGGGUUUUUACAUUCUGGGCAGCAUGUUUAUGUUAAUUGGAGCAAAGUACAUCGCAGGAUGCCAUGUCUAAGUCCUGCCCCAUGAUGCUUUGCUGUGGAGUGAGCGGAUGGAGGGUGAGGUUUUUCACGCUCCAUCCCCAUUAGGUCCAGCUUCAGCGGGGUGCAUCGCUCCGCCCCAAAAGCAUUCCAUCUGCUGCUCUGCUCCCCAGCUUCCUCUGUGGACCCCAUAGGCCCCUACGCAUUAUGCAGGCUGCAAUAGCCUGGAAGCCAUGAAAACCUAUGGGGGCGGAGCCAGCCUGGGACUGAACCAAUGGGAACUGAAAUGAAGGAGACCAAGCAUGAUGAGGGGGGUAGUUCGCUUUCAUUCAGCAACAGUUUUCCAACAUUGGCUGUUCCUGGAAAUUUUAGUGGAAUGCAUAUGCUGAUGUACUUCGUUUUCUUUUUUGUUUUUUCAGCUGAUGUACAAUAACACUGAAGUUUAUAUUAUAUCCUAUUCAUAGUAUUAUACCCGUCAAAUCUACUUUUUCAAUGAUAUCGUUUUUUUUUGACAGAAGGCAAGUCUCUUGCUUCUACUGUCAGAAUUAUUGCUUUGGAGGAGUCUUCCUACACACUUUGAGGGUCUGAAAAACGGUAAUUAAAUGUGUCAGUAUACCUCGAGUGAAGUGAAAUUGCAGGACGUUGUGGCACUUUAUAAACUGGUGUAUUUGCAUAGGCAUCAGACAGAAGCUAUAUGGUACAUUAGCUUUUUAAAAGAAAAAGAAAAAAUCAUGUGCAAACAUGCUUUAAAGUGUUUUUCUUUUUUAGAAAUAUGAAUUAUAUAUAUAAAAAUGGUACUGCACUCAAAAGAAAACUGUAGCUUCAUGGAAUGGUGAAAUGUCCUUUUUGUAGGAAUGUAUUUAUUUUUGUCUUUUUAUUGUUCAGUCCUUUGUGACUUAAAAAAAAGUCUGGACCCGGCUUAACCAGGUCUUCAGUGGUUGCGUUUGUGAAACGUAUUCGCAGAUGUGCUCUCGUGAACGGAACCAGUCUGGUGCAAUACUGUGAGUAUACGUUCAUGUGUGAAUCUUUUUAUAGCCGAGAGAACAUCUUCAAAGCUUCCAUAUGUGGCAGCUGUGUGUUGCUGGUGUCGUGUAACCAAGUCCUUUCAGGCUAUGAAACCAUAGGACAAUCAGUCAGAGGGUCAUAUUUGUUGUCUGAGCAAAAAACAACAAAGACUUGUUAAAGCAGGCUUUCUGUGUGUGAAGGACUACUCAAACUUUGCAGACUGAUUAAAGUAAAUCAUUUUCCAUUGCUGUAGAUAUAGGCCUCUCAUUCUUUUCUCUCAUAUACAGGUAGCAGAGUAUUUUCCCUCAGACACUUGAAUCUCUUGUAAAUACAAUUAUCAUUAUGUGGGGCCUGAUUUUUGCUUUGUGUGUGAGAAUCCAGUGAUGUGAAAUUAUUUUAGUCUGAUUCUGUUCUCUUCUGGAGGGAGGGUAGGCAUUUGUGUUCUGCAUUAUAAAAUAUCCCCAGUGGUCCAUACCUGGCAUGGAAACAGAUCCUUCUUUACUGCACAUUGCAGAAAGUAUUACUGUUAUAAACGCCCAAAUCAGAUGCAUUGUGUAACUAUUGAUUUCAACACGUCCUUGUAAACCAUAUGCAGUUUUAAUAAAUAAACACACUUGCAUACA